AUGUUUUGCAAUUUCUUUUCAGAUAAUGAAGAUGACAAAAAGGAACAGCCAGAGCCGCUGUUGCAGCUGCAACAGCAAGUGCAGCACCUGCGGUUGCAACCGCAACAGCAACCGCAGUCUGAACAGCAACCGCAGUCUGAACAGCUGAUACAGCAGCAAUCGCUGCAAAUGCAGCGUAACAUGGCGGAAAUCACAGCCCUGCGGCAGCAAGUGCGAGACAUGAAGGGGCAACAUGCUGGGCUUAUGCCACAGCACCAGCCGCCGCAGCCGCAGCCGCAGCACCAGCCGCCGCAACCGUACGUGCUGCCGCAGCCUCAGGCUACGCAGCCGCAGCCGUAUGAAUAUCAGCCGCACCAGUCACAAUUAGCCGGGCUCUACGCGCCGGAACAGCCCAGCGCAUACGGCGGAGAACAGCAGCGGCUGAUCCGGCAACGCCGCCGAGAGGCAAAGCGGAUGUGGCGGCAAACCAUGCACCGUCACUGCGGCAGCCGCAGUCACUGCAGCGGCCAGUGCGGGUAUAGGCACGACUGCGGCGCGGACCACAGUACCUGUGGUCCCUGUUGCGGGCGGCACACUUGA